GAGCUGGUAAACGGCCUGGUCCUGGACAAGCGGAAACGCGAUGAGGACGAUGAGUCGCCGGAGCUGAAAAAGGUGAAGCUUGACCCCCGGCUUGCUUGUCUACUGCAGGCGAAGCUGGAGACAAAGGCCCUGAAGGCCAAGCGUCCGGGCUUCACCGACGAAAGAUACACGGAGACGUCGUACUGGUUCGAGAACGGUCUGCGGAAGGUGUACCCGUACUACUUCACCUUCACCACGUUCACGAAGGGCCGCUGGGUGGGCGAGAAGAUCCUGGACGUGUUCGCCCGCGAGUUCCGCGCCCACCCCGCCGAGGAAUACGAGCGCUGCAUCCGAGCGGGCACGCUGACCGUCAACUACCAGAAGGUGGACGUGGACCACCGGCUGCGGCACAACGACCUGCUGGCCAAUGUGGUGCACAGACACGAGGUGCCCAUCACGGCCGACCCCGUGCCCCUGGUCCAUAUCGACGAGGAUAUCGUUGUAGUCGACAAGCCCUCGUCGAUACCGGUGCACCCGUGCGGCCGCUACAGACACAACACGGUCGUCUUCAUCCUGGCCAAGGAGCACGGACUGAAGAACCUGCGCACCAUCCACCGGCUGGAUCGCCUUACCAGCGGUCUGCUGAUGUUCGGCCGCACCCCGGCCAAGGCGCGCGACAUGGAGCAGCAGAUCCGCACCCGUCAGGUCACCAAGGAGUACGUGUGCCGCGUCGAGGGCGAGUUCCCCAGUGAGCCGCUGUCCUGCAAGGAGCCGAUCGAGGUGGUCAGCUACAAGAUCGGGGUCUGCAAGGUCUCCCCCAAAGGCAAGGAAUGCCUCACCGAGUUCAGCCGACUCAACUUCAACGGCCGCUCCUCGGUGGUCGUCUGCAGGCCGCACACCGGCCGCAUGCACCAGAUUCGUGUGCAUCUGCAGUAUUUGGGGUACCCAAUCAUCAACGACCCGCUAUACAACCACACGGUGUUCGGGCCGCAGAAGGGCAAGGGCGGCACCAUUCUGAAGACGGACGAACAGCUGAUCCAGGACCUCAUCGCCAUCCACAAUGCCGAGAACUGGCUCGGCAUGGACGGCGAUGUCGAGCUGAGCAUGUUCAAGGCCAAGGAGGCCGUGGACAGCCAGCCGGCGGCGGAGGUGCCGGCCGGCGCCGGGCGCUGCCCGGCCGGCUCGCCGCUGCCCGCCAGCCCCGGCCCUUCGGACGGGUCCGCGCCGAACGUCACCGUCGGAGCUGAGGCCCAGCCAGGCGGUGCUGCGUCGGGGAGCGGUCAGACAGGCGAGGCGAGCGUCCAGACCGACAGCGCGACCUCGAGCCACGCCUUCCGGCGCGACCUGAUGACCGUUGACCCGCACUGCUACGAGUGCAAGGUCAAGUACAGGGACCCCAAGCCCAGCGACCUGGUCAUGUACCUGCACGCGCUGAAGUAUUCGGGCCCGGGCUGGGAGUACGAGACACAGCUGCCGGACUGGGCGGCCGAGGCCUGGUGCGACCCGGACGGCAAGGCUUGAGGCCGGCCCGACGGUGGCGCCGCCCCGGCGGCCGC